UUCACUUCCGUUUUCUUCGGUUCUGGGAACUCAAGACGCCGUUACUCCAGUAACACGGCACACAAGAUGCCCUAAACCAUGUGACUUUCUCUCUCUUCCUACCUCCAUUCUGUCUACAUGUUUGUCUCGCUUCUUACCUCCCAUCUUUCUCUCUCUAAACCUCUGUCUUCUUCCUAUGCCUCCUGCUAGCAGUUUCUUUCUCCUCUUGCUCUUCUCCCCUGCCGUGUAGCAUCAUUUUCUCUCUCCUCCUCGUUACUAGCCAUUCGGGACCACUUUCUCUUUCAUUCCCCACCUUCUUUCUACCCGGCUCUUAGGGCUUCUCUCUCUCGCUCUCUACCGAAGUUUCGAAUUCCUUGGAUCCAAAGAAACCUUUCCAGCUCCUCUUAUUGAUUCGCAAUGAAAUAUCCUCUUUAUGAGCUCUGUUCUCUGGUUUUCGCCAUGAGUUCUUCUGUUUCUAAGCUCUGAGACCCUUACUCUGGUUUUGGAGCAGAGGAGUUGGGGCCUUCUAAUGGCUGGUGAUGGGAUGGAGGUCCUUCCCCUCGAAGGUGAUGUUUCAGAUAAAAUCAUCAUGCUCCAUGGUGACCUCGACUUAUGGAUCAAUGAGGCGAGGUCUCUUCCAAACAUGGACAUGUUUUCUGAGCAUUUGCGCAAAUGCCUCACCAUUUGUGAACCGUGUCGAGCUCCAUUCGAGAAGAGAGAGAAGAGAAGGCAUCGACAUCGGAAGAUCAUAACCAGUGAUCCCUAUGUCUCAGUUUCUUUAGGAGGAGCAACGGUUGCUCGAACGCGAGUUAUUCCUAAUUCCCAAAAUCCAGAAUGGAAGGAGCACUUCUUGAUACCGGUUGCUCACCCAGUUUCUCGGAUUGAGUUUCAGGUGAAAGACAACGACAUAUUUGGAGCUCAAUUGAUUGGAAUUGCAGGUGUAUCAUUACAUAAACUUGUGCCCAAUGAGACUAUCAGUGAAUGGUUCCCUAUAUUUGAUUCUUAUGGUAAGCCCCCAAAACCUGAUUCGGCUUUGCAUUUAUCAAUAAAAUUCAGGCCUGCUCUGCAAAAUCCUCUCUAUAGACAUGGAGUCGGGGCUGGAACUGACUAUCCAGGGGUUCCAAAUACCUAUUUCCCACUUAGAAGAGGUGGGUUGGUUACUUUAUACCAAGAUGCUCAUGUUAUUGAUGGUCAGCUUCCUGAAAUAAAAUUGGAUGGUGGUAAGAUGUUUGAGCAUGAAAAGUGUUGGGAAGACAUAUGUCAUGCUAUAUUGGAGGCCCAUCAUUUGAUUUAUAUUGUUGGGUGGUCUGUUAAUCAUAAGGUUAAGCUUGUUAGGGAACCAACCAGACCAUUGCCUGAAGGUGGGGAUUUGACUCUUGGGGAUUUGCUCAAGUACAAGUCACAGGAGGGUGUUCGAGUGUGCCUUCUGGUUUGGGACGAUAAGACCUCACACGAUAAGUUAUUCCUGAGAUCGGAAGGAGUGAUGCAAACUCAUGAUGAAGAAACACGAAAAUUUUUCAAGCAUUCAUCUGUUAAUUGCGUGCUGUCGCCUCGUUAUGGUAGCAGUAAGCUUAGCAUUUUCAAGCAACAGGUUGUCGGAACUCUCUUUACACAUCAUCAGAAAUGUGUACUUGUUGAUACACAGGCAUCAUGGAAUAAAAGAAAAAUAACAGCCUUCAUAGGUGGUCUUGAUCUAUGUGAUGGCCGUUAUGAUACCCCUGAGCAUCGACUAUUUAAAGAUCUUGACACUGUGUUUAAAGAUGAUUUUCACAACCCUACAUUCCCAGUUGGUGUUAAAGGCCCAAGACAGCCAUGGCAUGAUCUUCACUGUAAAAUAGAUGGCCCAGCUGCUUAUGACGUGCUCACAAAUUUUGAGCAACGAUGGAGAAAAGCGACUAAAGGAUGGGAAUUCGGACGAGGCUUUAAAAGAGUAUCUCACUGGCACGAUGAUACUCUGAUAAAGCUUGAGCGUAUCUCUUGGAUUAUUAGCCCCUCUAAAUCUGUUCCAAAUGGACAUCCCAGUUUAUGGGUUUCCAAGGAAGAGGAUCCAGAAUGCUGGCAUGUGCAGGUUUUCCGGUCAAUUGAUUCAGGAUCAGUGCAUGGUUUUCCAAACGAUGUUCACGAGUGUGAGGCGCAGAAUCUUGUCUGUGAAAAGAACCUGGUGAUUGACAAGAGUAUUCACACAGCAUAUGUAAAGGCAAUCAGAUCUGCCCAGCAUUUCAUAUAUAUUGAAAACCAGUAUUUCCUUGGUUCUUCUUAUGCAUGGCCCUCAUACAGAAAUGCAGGUGCUGACAAUCUGAUACCAAUGGAACUGGCUUUGAAAAUUGUGGGCAAAAUUAAAGCAAAGGAGCGAUUUGCAGUCUAUGUGGUCAUACCCAUAUGGCCAGAAGGUGUUCCUACUAGUGCCUCUGUACAAGAAAUUCUCUUUUGGCAGGGGCAAACAAUGGAGAUGAUGUAUGAAAUUAUCGCACGGGCACUGAAAGAUGAAGGCUUGUCUGAGAGCUCACAUCCACAAGAUUAUCUGAAUUUCUUCUGUCUUGGUAAACGUGAGGGAGACCCAAGAGAUAUGUUACCAACAACAGAACAGGCUCCUGAUAACAGUGCUGCGGGCUUGGCUCAAAAAUUUCGCCGAUUUAUGAUUUAUGUCCAUGCUAAAGGAAUGAUAGUAGAUGAUGAGUAUGUGAUCCUAGGGUCGGCCAAUAUCAAUGAGAGAUCUUUGGCUGGUUCACGUGACACUGAAAUUGCAAUGGGUGCUUAUCAGCCUCAUCAUACGUGGGGAAAAAAUGAUAGGCAUCCUCGUGGGCAGGUAUACGGGUACAGGAUGUCAUUAUGGGCUGAGCAUCUAGGCCAUCCGGAGGACUUGUUUUAUGAGCCUUCCAGCCUAGGGUGUGUGAAGAGUGUGAACAAGAUAGCUGAAGAUAAUUGGGGUAAAUACACAGCAGAGGAGUUUGUGGAAUUAAGGGGACAUCUCCUUAAAUACCCCAUCAAGGUCGAAGCCGAUGGGAAGAUUGGACCCUUACCAGGCCAUGAAAACUUUCCAGAUGUGGGUGGAAGGGUUCUUGGGGCUCAUACGUCCCUUCCUGAUACCUUAACGACUUAGCUGCAUAACUUCUGUACUUAAAAACCUUUCCUCAACUUGCAUCCAUUGGAAACAAGAUGAGCAUCUUCAAGUUCAGGAUCCCAUAGCAUACUUGGGUUAGAGGGUGUGCAAGUGGUGGAUGAAAGGUGAAUUUUCAGGAUGAGAAAGUCAUUUGUUUGAAUGGGCUUUGUGGGCUGUUGUGUAUUUGAUCAUGUGCUUCUAUUUGGGAUUUAUAUGUGCAAGCAGGUUCAUUUUAGCUCAUUAGUCGCUUGUAAUUUUAAUAUUCAUGGAAAUUGUAAUUGUAAAUGCAUGAUAAAAUUAUCCUUGGACUCCAUGUUGGACAUACACUCCUUCCGGUGUAAUCAUGUAUAUUUUUGUGUUAUUGUUCUUACCAUAAACAUUCAAUGAACAAUACCAGUAGCAAUGCCAAAUAUCUUCGAUA